UGAACACCAUCAUUUGGCAACAGAUUUUUGUAAUUACUAUAGUGCAGUUGUGGUUGUUAUUGCCGUCGACACCUGUGUGCACAAUGAAGUGGGUCGUCUGACUUUCACUUCAGGGUCUGCUGAUACAGACGCUGUCAGAUCAUGAUUUUCGUCCUUUGUCUGAAGACUGUGAAUGUGACAAAAAUACAGAAGUAGCAGCUUAACAUUGCACGGUCGCUGGCUGCUGUGUGCCGCUGUGUGAUGGCUGCUGUGUGAGGAGGUCAACCUGUGGAUUUAAACGAACACACACUGUCUGGACAGUGAAUACCUGAGGAGGAGAGGCCCACAGGACAGGAAGAAUGGCCAAGUAUCACUGGCAGAGUCAGAAUGUGAAGCAGAGCGGCGUGGACGACAUGGUCCUGUUGUCCAAGAUCACAGAGGACGCCAUCGUGGACAACCUGAAGAAGAGAUACAUGGACGACUACAUCUUCACUUAUAUCGGCCCCGUGUUGAUCUCAGUGAACCCGUUCAAGCAGAUGCCCUAUUUCACCGACAGAGAAAUCGAACUUUAUCAAGGAGCCGCCCAGUAUGAGAAUCCCCCUCACAUCUACGCCUUGACCGAUAACUCGUACAGAAACAUGAUGAUCGAUGGAGAAAACCAGUGUGUCAUCAUCAGUGGUGAGAGCGGUGCCGGAAAGACAGUGGCUGCCAAAUACAUCAUGGGCUACAUUUCCAAAGUAUCUGGAGGAGGAACCAAAGUGCAGCAUGUCAAAGACAUCAUCCUACAGUCCAAUCCUUUGCUGGAAGCCUUCGGUAACGCCAAGACUGUACGCAACAACAACUCCAGUCGUUUUGGGAAAUACUUUGAGAUUCAGUUCAGCAGAGGAGGAGAGCCAGAUGGAGGCAAAAUCUCCAACUUCCUGCUGGAGAAGUCGAGGGUGGUGAGCCAGAACGAGAACGAGAGGAACUUCCACAUCUACUAUCAGCUGAUAGAGGGCACCAACGCUCAGCAGAAAGAGGGCCUGGGCAUCAUGACCCCAGACUACUACUACUACCUCAACCAGUCUGGGACCUACAAGGUGGAUGGGACCAAUGAUUGCAAAGACUUCCAAGAGACGAUGGAGGCCAUGCAGGUGAUCGGGAUCCCAGGCGACAUCCAGGCUCAGGCGCUGCAGAUCAUCGCAGGCAUCCUCCACCUGGGAAACAUCAGCUUCAUAGAGGCAGGCAACUACGGCAAGGUGGAGAGCACGGACUUGCUCGCCUUCCCCGCCUACCUGCUGGGCAUCGACUCCAGCCGCCUGCAGGACAAGCUGACCGGCAGGAAGAUGGACUCAAAGUGGGGAGGGAAGGAAGAGUCCAUCAACGUGACACUGAACCAGGAGCAGGCCACCUACACACGAGACGCCCUGGCCAAGGCCCUCUACGCACGACUCUUCGACUACCUGGUUGAGGCCAUAAAUAAAGCCAUUCAGAAACCACAUGAAGAAUUCAGUAUUGGCGUUCUCGACAUUUAUGGCUUUGAGAUAUUCAAGAGAAACGGCUUUGAGCAGUUCUGCAUCAACUUUGUGAACGAAAAACUGCAGCAAAUCUUUAUUGAACUCACUCUGAAGGCUGAGCAGGAAGAGUAUGUUCAGGAGGGCAUCAAGUGGACACCUAUCGAUUACUUCAACAACAAGAUUGUGUGUGACCUCAUUGAAAAUAAACUGAACCCUCCAGGUAUAAUGAGUGUGCUGGAUGAUGUGUGUGCCACUAUGCAUGCCAAAGGAGAGGGUGCAGACAGCACUCUGCUGCAGAAACUGUCGGCCGCUGUGGGGACGCAUGAACAUUUCAACAACUGGAACUCUGGCUUCGUCAUUCAUCACUACGCCGGCAAGGUGUCUUAUGAUAUCAUGGGCUUCUGUGAGAGAAACCGGGAUGUGCUUUUCCCUGACCUCAUAGAGCUCAUGCAGAGCAGCGAGUAUGACUUCAUCCGUAGCUUGUUCCCUGAAAACCUAAGCACUGAUAAGAAAAGCAGGCCGACCACAGCCAGCUCCAAGAUCAAGAAACAAGCCAAUGACUUGGUGAAAACCCUGAUGAAGUGCACUCCGCACUACAUCCGCUGUAUCAAACCCAAUGAGACAAAAAGACCCAAAGACUGGGAGGAGAGCAGGGCGCGACAUCAGGUUGAAUACCUGGGACUGCGGGAAAACAUACGAGUGAGAAGAGCUGGAUACGCAUACCGCAGGGCCUUCAACAAGUUUCUGACAAGGUAUGCCAUUCUGACAUCGGAGACAUGGCCGGGCUGGAGGGGUCCGGAGCAGCAGGGGGUCCUUCACCUCCUCCGCUCUGUCAACAUGGACAAUGACCAGUAUCAGAUGGGACGCACCAAAGUCUUCGUCAAGAACCCUGAAUCGCUGUUUCUUCUGGAGGAGAUGAGGGAGAGGAAGUUUGACACGUUCGCCAGGAUCAUCCAGAAAGCCUGGAGACGCUUCAUCUCCAGGAAGAAGUAUGAACAAAUGAGAGAGGAGGCCUCGGACAUCCUGUACAACUCCAAGGAGCGGAGGAAGAACAGCAUCAACAGGAACUUCGUCGGCGACUACCUCGGCCUGGAGCAGAGGCCCGAGCUGCGGCAGUUUCUGGCCAAGAGGGAGCGCGUCGACUUCGCUGAUUCAGUCAAUAAGUUUGAUCGCAGGUUCAAGUCCAUCAAGAGAGAUUUGAUCUUGACCCCGAAGGGCAUCUAUCUGAUUGGCCGAGAGAAGGUGAAGAAAGGGCCCGAGAAGGGGCACAUAAAGGAGGUGCUGAAACGGAAAAUGGAGUUUGAAAGCAUCAGCGGCGUCUCCCUCAGUACGAGACAGGAUGAUUACUUCAUCCUGCACGAGGCUCAGUACGACAGCCUGCUGGAGUCCAACUUCAAGACGGAGUUCCUCAGCCUGCUCUCCAAACGCUACGAGGACGUGGCCAAGAGAAAACUGACCAUCUCCUUCACUGACAAAUUGGAGUUCAGGGUGAAGAAGGAGGGCUGGGGUGGAGGAGGCUCCAGGAUGGUCAUCUUCCAGAGGGGGCAAGGAGACCUAACCCAGCUCAAACCUGGAGGGAAGACCCUCACAAUCACAGUAGGAGACGGUCUACCCAAGUCCUCCAAGCCGACCAGGAAGAGUUUCCCACAGUCUCAUGGUGGAGGGAGAAAUGAUAUAUCCAGCAGAGCUCAACAGAAUGGAGCAGCCAAGUUUUCCAGAGCUCCUCAGCCUCAACCGUCAGAAACCCAUUAUUCCACCGCGCACAAACAGGGCCGGCCACCCAGCGCCGCUCUGCCCAAACUGGGUUCCCAGAGGGCCCCAAAAGCCCCGGCCCACAGCCAGCACAGCCAAGGCAACAUGGACUUCCUGAAUGUGCCUGACCAGGGCAUGUCAGGGAAGCAGAGGAGAAGGAGCAUCAAUCACCGACCUCCUCCUGCUCCCAAACAUCAGCCUCGACCCCAGGGGCCUCGCUGCCGGGCGCUGCAUCAGUAUGUCGGCCAGGACACGGACGAGAUCAGCUUCGAGGUCAACGACGUCUUCGACCUGGUCAAAGAAGAUCCAUCGGGAUGGUGGAGGGGCAGGAUUCGAGGAAGUGAAGGCCUCUUUCCUGGCAACUAUGUCGAAAAGAUUUGAUCAAGACCUGAUGUCUUCCUCGUAGACGUGUCUAUGUUUGUUCUGAAAUAUGUGUAAUUUUAUGAAAACAGCACAUUCUGCUUGAGAAGGAAACUGCCAGUGAAUAGUUCAUGGUUGUAGAUCUGCAUCCAUGACGGAGAACAGGGCUGCUGAAGGCCAGAACCCUCUGACAUAUCAGCAAGAAGAGGAAACAUCAUCAUUAUGGCCACGAUCCUUAAAAUGCACAUCCAGUGCAAAGAGCUGCUCAGGUUUCAUGUCUCCUGUUGUCCCGGACGACACAAUGACUGAGCAACAAGAUCUCUGACUGGGCCCGCACUUCACAGCUUCCUUUGAGCUGUUACUCCACUGAAAACGUCUCAAAGCUUCAGUUACACACACUCAGGAGCAGAGUGACCUGAAAAUGCUGCGUCGCUUUUUUUUUUACUGUCUACAGUGUUUGUAUCUGCCUGAAGCUUUUCUAGAGCAACGCCAGAUCCUGAUCAGUAUUCUAGAUUAAGUCCAUUAAGUAGUAAUCGGUUCUGUAUUAGAUAACGUGUUAAAUAUGUGAACUUGACUGUACAUUUGCACCAUGAUGAACCUGCAUCAGAUGAAUCAAAGCCAUUCCUAGAGACAAUACUGCUGAUGUCACUGAAGCAAACUUCUAGAUUUUCUAGUCAUUGAUUAUUAAUAGUAUAAUGCAUUUCCAGUUGUUUUGUCACUUCAAUACAAUAAAGAAAUAUAUUUUAGUAUUUCACCUCAAUGACUUUUUCACUGGUCCAGAUUGUGUCAUCAGUAAGUUAUAAGAUAAUAAAACAGAAAGAGGUGACUGAACAUUUAGUAAGUGUUUAUCAAUUACUAACAGGUAUUUCUGCCAGUUUUGCAUUUUGUUCAAGUUUGGUUGAUUUUUGUAAAAUGAUGUCACUCCCUCACAGUCAAUAAAUAUCUUUUUUUGAAUAUAAA